GCCUCCAUCCAUGGUCGAGGUGAAGUACUAAGCCCCAAUAUGUUUCUCAUUGACACUGGAGCCACCAUUCAAGAAGGCCGAGACAUGGCGGGUUUAAUACUUUCCCACAAAGGAGACGCUGGGUCGCCAACAGGGAUAUAAAUUGUGCUUCUUCCCAGCCCAUGGCCGAAACACCAUCAUCUUCCUUUUCAACUCGAUCAUCACCUUCCAAUAUGUCGACAUUUUCGAAAUCAGUUCUCAUCACAGGUGGUACGACAGGUCUCGGGUUCCAUGCAGCCACAGAGAUUGCUAAGCGCUAUCCGAAUUAUCAAGUCGUAAUCGCUGCACGAAAGGACGCCAAUAAAAGUGCAGAUGCUAUCAACUCCAAACUCGGUCAGGUCAAUGUACGAUUCAUGCCACUUGAUCUCGCGGAUCUCAAGAACAUUCGCGCCUUCGUCAAGACUUGGGAGGAGAAGAACUUCCCUCCUCUCGCCUACCUACUAUUGAACGCAGCUCUCCAAUUUCCAGACGGAGUCAAGUAUACGGCGGAUGGCGUCGAGGCCACCUUUGGCAUCACCGUCUUGGGCCACGCAUUGCUGUUCCAUCUGCUACAGCAUCACCUGGCAGACGACGCACGCAUUGUGGUGACUGCGAGUGGCACCCACGACCCAGAACAACACAGUGGUCUUCCGGACGCGAAAUAUGACACUGCCGAAGAACUUGCCCAUCCUACUGGUGUCUCUCUCAAGUAUGAAGGUCGACAACGAUAUGCAACCGCUAAAUUGUGCAAUAUCCUGUGGACAUAUGCCUUGCAUCGACGCAUACUGGCUCUCAACAAGAAGUGGACUGUCGUCGCCUUCGAUCCUGGUCUCAUGCCAGGUACGGGUCUGGCUAGGGAGGCAGGGCCAGUGCUUCGGUUUCUCUGGCACUACGUCCUACCAAACGCAGUUCCGCUGCUGCGACGCUUCUAUCACCACAAUAUCCAUCGACCUCAGGACUCAGGUGCCAAUUUGGCAUGGGUCACGACUAUUGACGCAGAGACGAGUGGUGUGUACUACGAGAUCAGAAAGCCCAUCAAGUCCAGCGUUGAUAGCUAUGACGAGAAGAAGCAAGAAGAUCUCUGGGACUGGAUGGUAGGAUUUCUGGCGGAAGGCGAAGAAGAGAAGCAGAAAUUCAACGACCUUUCCGGUUAAGUUGUAGUAUUGCGAUCUGGCAACGCUAUAUCGCUAUGCUGACACAUUCGGAAUUUGCCUGGGGAAGCAACUACAGCGCUAUGAUCGCUGAACGAGGAAUGUUUUCCACCUGGAAAUAGUGACGAAUUCAUUUAUUUGCCUGAAAGUUGUUUCACCAUAUCUGCCUCGGGAUC